CCGCCGCCGCCGCCGCUGCCGCCGCCGCCGCCGCGAGCUCGAUGCGGACGGAGCCUGGGCCGGGCCAUGGGGAUCCUCAGCAUCACGGACCAGCCGCCCCUGGUCCAGGCCAUCUUUAGCCGAGAUGUGGAGGAAGUGCGUUCCCUCCUCUCACAGAAGGAGAACAUCAAUGUACUGGACCAAGAGAGGCGAACCCCAUUGCAUGCUGCUGCCUACGUAGGCGAUGUCCCCAUCCUCCAGUUGCUACUGAUGUCAGGUGCUAAUGUCAACGCUAAGGACACACUGUGGCUGACCCCUCUUCAUCGUGCCGCUGCCUCCCGAAACGAGAAGGUGCUGGGGCUGCUGCUGGCACACUCCGCGGAUGUGAAUGCCCGGGACAAGCUGUGGCAGACACCACUGCAUGUGGCUGCUGCCAACCGGGCCACCAAGUGUGCCGAGGCUCUGGCACCUCUGUUGAGCAGCCUCAAUGUGGCUGACAGGAGCGGCCGCAGCGCUCUCCACCACGCAGUACACAGUGGGCAUCUUGAGACCGUGAACCUGCUCCUCAAUAAGGGAGCCAGCCUGAAUGUCUGCGAUAAAAAGGAGCGGCAACCACUGCACUGGGCUGCUUUUCUAGGGCAUUUAGAGGUCCUGAAACUGCUGGUGGCACGUGGAGCAGACCUCAGCUGUAAAGAUCGAAAGGGCUACGGGCUGCUCCACACAGCUGCCGCCAGUGGCCAGAUCGAAGUGGUGAAGUACUUGCUUCGGAUGGGGGCUGAGAUUGAUGAGCCCAACGCUUUCGGAAACACAGCUUUGCACAUCGCUUGCUACCUGGGCCAAGAUGCUGUGGCUAUCGAACUAGUGAAUGCAGGAGCCAAUGUCAACCAGCCAAAUGACAAGGGUUUCACACCACUGCAUGUGGCAGCUGUCUCGACCAAUGGCGCACUCUGCUUGGAGCUGUUAGUCAAUAAUGGGGCUGACGUCAACUACCAGAGUAAAGAAGGGAAAAGUCCCCUGCACAUGGCUGCCAUCCAUGGGCGGUUCACGCGUUCCCAGAUCCUCAUCCAGAAUGGUAGCGAGAUUGAUUGUGCUGACAAAUUCGGGAACACGCCCCUACAUGUGGCUGCUCGAUACGGACAUGAGCUUCUCAUCAGCACUCUCAUGACCAAUGGCGCAGAUACUGCCCGGCGCGGUAUCCACGACAUGUUCCCCCUGCACUUAGCCGUUCUCUUUGGAUUCUCUGACUGUUGCCGGAAGCUUCUUUCCUCAGGUCAGCUGUACAGCAUCGUGUCUUCACUCAGUAAUGAGCAUGUGCUUUCCGCUGGGUUUGACAUCAACACACCUGACAGCCUUGGCCGCACCUGUCUUCAUGCUGCUGCUUCUGGAGGGAAUGUUGAGUGUCUUAAUUUGCUGCUGAGCAGUGGAGCUGACCUGAGGAGGAGAGACAAAUUUGGAAGGACCCCACUGCACUAUGCAGCUGCCAAUGGCAGCUACCAGUGUGCGGUGACACUGGUGACAGCCGGGGCAGGCGUCAAUGAGGCCGACUGUAAGGGCUGCUCUCCCCUUCACUAUGCUGCUGCCUCUGACACCUACCGGAGAGCGGAAACCCACACUGCUUCCAGCCAUGAUGCGGAAGAGGAUGAGCUACUGAAGGAAUCCCGUAGGAAGGAGGCCUUCUUCUGUCUGGAGUUCUUAUUGGAUAAUGGUGCAGACCCCUCCCUGCGGGACAGGCAGGGCUACACAGCUGUGCACUAUGCAGCCGCCUACGGCAACAGACAGAACCUCGAACUGCUCUUAGAAAUGUCCUUUAACUGCCUGGAGGAUGUGGAGAGUACAGUUCCCGUCAGCCCUUUGCACUUAGCUGCCUACAACGGUCACUGUGAAGCCCUGAAGACACUGGCUGAGACGCUGGUGAACCUGGAUGUAAGGGACCACAAGGGCCGGACCGCGCUCUUCCUGGCCACUGAGCGAGGCUCCACUGAGUGUGUGGAGGUACUGACGGCCCAUGGUGCCUCUGCCCUCAUCAAGGAGCGUAAACGCAAGUGGACACCCUUACAUGCUGCUGCUGCCUCUGGCCACACCGAUUCCCUGCACUUGCUGAUUGACAGUGGGGAGCGCGCUGAUAUCACAGAUGUCAUGGAUGCCUAUGGACAAACCCCACUGAUGCUGGCCAUUAUGAAUGGUCAUGUGGACUGUGUACAUCUGCUGCUAGAGAAAGGAUCCACGGCUGAUGCUGCUGACCUCCGGGGCCGCACUGCCCUCCACCGUGGGGCAGUGACUGGCUGUGAGGACUGCCUGGCUGCACUGCUGGAUCACGAUGCAUUUGUACUGUGCCGAGACUUUAAGGGCCGCACACCCAUUCACCUGGCCUCAGCCUGCGGCCAUACUGCAGUGCUGCGGACUCUGCUGCAGGCUGCCCUUUCCACAGACCCCCUGGAUGCCGGUGUCGACUACAGCGGAUACUCGCCCAUGCAUUGGGCCUCCUACACUGGACAUGAAGAUUGUCUGGAGUUGUUACUUGAACACAGCCCGUUCUCAUACUUGGAGGGAAACCCCUUCACUCCUUUGCACUGUGCAGUAAUUAAUAACCAAGACAGCACCACAGAGAUGCUGCUGGGGGCUCUGGGUGCCAAGGUUGUGAACAGCCGGGACGCCAAAGGACGGACCCCCCUUCAUGCCGCUGCCUUUGCGGACAAUGUCUCUGGACUCCGGAUGCUGUUGCAGCAUCAAGCUGAAGUGAAUGCCACUGACCACACUGGCCGCACUGCACUCAUGACGGCCGCUGAGAAUGGACAGACUGCUGCUGUGGAAUUUCUGCUGUACCGAGGGAAGGCAGACCUGACUGUGCUGGAUGAGAACAAGAACACUGCCCUUCACUUGGCUUGUAGCAAGGGCCAUGAGAAAUGUGCCCUCAUGAUCCUGGCGGAAACCCAAGACCUUGGCCUUAUCAAUGCUACCAACAGUGCGCUGCAGAUGCCGCUCCACAUUGCUGCCCGGAAUGGUCUGGCUUCUGUGGUGCAGGCCCUGCUGAGUCGUGGGGCCACAGUGCUGGCUGUGGAUGAAGAAGGUCACACUCCAGCACUGGCCUGCGCUCCCAACAAAGAUGUGGCAGACUGCCUGGCCUUGAUCCUCUCCACCAUGAAGCCUUUCCCACCCAAGGACGCCGUCAGUCCUUUCAGCUUCAGCCUGCUCAAGAACUGCGGCAUCGCAGCCGCCAAGACGGUGGGUGGCUGUGGCGCCCUGCCUCACGGGGCCUCCUGUCCCUACAGCCAGGAGCGGCAUGGCGCCAUUGGGUUAGAUGGCUGCUACUCAGAGUAGCCCCCUUCAGUGUCCCUCUCCCUGCCGGUGGCUUGAUACCUUAUUCUAUUUAUUUAGAAAAAAGUCUAAACAUUUAGGGCACUUUAAAGGAGAACACGACUGGGUGGUGGGGCAGGGGAAGGACGCACUGGGGAGCAGCUGCUUACCCCUUUGCCAUCCCAUCCUGGCCUGGCAGAGGUCUGGGACCUACAGGGAGCACCCUAGGCUCUCUGUACCCCCAGGACAACCCCUUCUGCCAAGUGUCCCAAAAUGAUUGCUAAAUGCCUGGCUCCCCUUUGACUCCAUCUCUGUUUCCCCUGUUUGCUGCCAGCUCCCCCAACUCUUCCUCCCCCUUUCCUCUGUGCUCACUCCCCUUACUCUGCUGCCAGGCAGACCCCUCCUCUUCUUCCAUACCCAUCACUGCCUCCCUGCUUGGCCCCUCCAUCCCUGCAGCAGUGAGAAGCCUUAAUUUCUGGUACUGUGUGAGCACUCUGGGGGUGUCCCCCUCUCCCUUCAGGGGCAGCUAGAGGAUGGGGGGAGGGUAUUUAGCACUGGGGCCUAGAGCUUCCCCCCACAUCCUAUCCCCCCUAAAAUUCAAAUGCAAACACUUGAAGCAGCAACUACUGAAGCUGGCCCAGACCUGCGCUGUCCCCUGGCUCCUCAUGUGCAAACCAAGGGCUGCCUCUGCCCCACAGCCUGCUCCUGUCCCCCUGGCCUGGCCCAGCCACGCACUUUAACCUUGCUUCUUUCUUUUAACUUCCUUUGGGGGAGGGGAGCCUGUGGCCAUUCCCUCCUUGGCUCUCUUCUUCUUGGACUUUUGAGGCUUGUCAUGAAUUUUUAAGUAAGCAUUUUAUUCUUUUAGGGUAAGAAACAAACGAAUAUCCUGCCCAUUUCAAAACUACAGCCCUAAUGUACGUCCUCUGUGUCUCAGGCAUGUGUUUGCAUGCGAUGGAGGGAGGGACCAUGUUCUCCCUCCUGUGUCCCCCAAUCCCAGAGUUCCUCCAUGCCCUGUGUCUGUCUACCUUCUGUCAUGUCCGAGAGUACCUACUGCCCCAGUCACUCCUGAUAUGAAGCCAAAGAUGGUGGGAAGGGCAGGAGCAGUGUGGGGACCUCUUAUUAGGGAAGCAGGCCUUCCUCCGUGGGAGGGGGAGCACUGGUCAAGGGAGCAACAGAUGGACGCUGUGGCUCAGUUCAGGCCCCUGCCCUCCCAGCAUGGGAAAGAUGGGCCGAGUAGACGCUGCACUGAUAAGGUUCUAGAAUGUACCCGAGAAGCCAAACUGGGCUGGAAUGAGGAGGGCAGUGUUCUCUUCAAAUGUAGCAUUGCAUCUGGCCCUGGUCCCUUCAGAUGCCCUGUCCAUCUCCUUGGUGAGCCUCUGCACAGUUGGACCCAAUCCCGUAACCCAGUGUCCCUUCCUCACACGCAAUACCUCAGCCAGGGGCCAAGACACAGAACUUGAAUAGAGGUCCUGCCCCUCCACCCCACAGUGCACCCUUGCCCAGUUUGGCCACCAUCAGUAUUGCCCCUGAGAACUGAGAACUGGAUGGGCUUCGUUUACACAGCACAGGGGGUCCCUCCUGGGGAUCCCUCCACCUCCUUCCCACCCACGCUUGCGUCACCUACAUUCUUAGCCAUUUUCAGUUGUGUCCCUUGAAUGUCUUGCCACCCUUGCCAGGGGUGAGCUGAGGGGAGAGGGGCCAUCCCAGGGAGCCCUUCCUCCCGACAGAUCCCCUGCAUCAUACCUCAUGCUGGUCCCAGAAGCCUGGGGUGUUUGUCUCAACCUUUCUCUUUCACAGUCUCUGUUUAUCUUUGUGUUGCCGCCCCCAACCCUCAGAUCCUAAACCAUUUCAAGGCUUCCAAAUGACCAUUAUUGGUGAGAAGGACUGUGCAGCUUUUAGUUUUUAUUUUUAUUUUCAAAGCCAAAGGGCCUUGCAAUGCCCCUCUUGCCCACACCCCUCCAUGUCCUCUCCUUCCCUAUACGACAAUCAAUGUGACCUCUCUUAAGGGCUGCCGCCCCCACCCCCACCCUGCUGGUUCUGCAAAGCUUGUCCCCUAACUUCAAUUCUCUCUCCUAAAAUCUUCCCAUUUCACCCCCCCCUCUCAUCUUGGUGCUGGGAAUGAGGUGGUGGGGGGAUGGGGAGCAGGGAAACGGUUUCCUGAGGUGACUGGGGUACCCGUCAUGUUCUCCUUUAUCAAUGCUUGGUGACAGAAGAGGAGAGUCUGUGGAUUUGUCAGGAGCCCCAUUUUGUUUUGCUAGAUGAGAUUUCUGGUGGCUGUCUGCUCCCUGCUGUCCCGUGCAUACUGUCAGCAAUGCUGGGAAGAUGGCAGGGGGUCCUCUGUCCCUCCUCAUGUGGCUGUGAGGAGGCCUGGAGGACAAGCAGCCUCCUCUCCUUAUGCCAAAGGAAAUCCCGCACCCCACCCGGGGUUCCCAGCCCCUGUGUUUUUUGAAGCAUUUUGACCAUUCUCAUGGCCACUGCAUAUUUAUUUUAAUGUUAAGAUUUUUUUUUAAAAAAAAAAAACAAAAAACCUCUUUGACUUAAACGGGUGUGGAGAAGUAAAACAGGCAGAAUGCCCCCCAAUCUUAAGGGGGUGGGGUGGGGAGGGAACAUCUCCUUCCCUCUCCUUCUCUACCCUCCCCUCUCCCCACCGCAGCUCUAAAGCACUUGCUUCAAGUAAUAAGCACUUUUGUGAAAAGGCCUAUUUACAUGAGGACCGGCCGGGGACAGCCCUAGGUCCCAGCAAAGGAGAUAGAGUAGGGCUACAUAGGAGACAGGGAAACAGACAUGGGAAUCAGAGGGUGACACGAAAAGAGCCAGUUUUUAGUUUCUGAUUUUGGGGGAAUGUUUCUGAUUGGGCGGUGGCUUUGGUAGGUUUGUGUACUUCAGAAAAACAAAUGGCACAAACUGUGGGUCCCAGAAUGGACCAAAGACCCGGGUCACUGCCACUGUCCAGCUGAGACUCUGAGACUGACGGGCUACCUCCCCCACCCGUGGCCCCCUGAGCCAUAGGACUGCUGAAAACCACUGAAUGUACAGCCCAGGUUGGGGUGGGGAGUUGCCCCUGGGGGAGGGGGCUUCUCCUUUUGUUUGGUGCUGUGGGGGGUGGGAGACAUGAGACUGAGGGACUGCCACCCCACGUAGACACGUGUUCCUUGGGGUGGAGGGGCUGAGGAGGGCCGCCUCCCUCUCUAACCCCAGCCAUGGCCCCUCCUCCCUCCUCACCCCUAUCCGUUCUGACUGUAAGUCCAGCUCACCUUUGCCUUCAAUAUGUAACCAAAGGAAAACUCAACACUGUCUCCACCGCUGUCUGCCCACCCAAGCACCUUCUUCCUCCCCGGAUCAGAAGGGGAGAAGAGGCUGGGGGUGGGGAUGGUGGGGCCUGAGUGAAUGGUUCUACAACUGUACCCCCAAAACCCUCUCUGUGGUCUUGGAAGGGGUCCUGAGAGGCGGGGUGAGGCCAGGCUGCCGGGCUGGGAGUAUGCACACUGUGUCUGUUAUGCACAUGAGUGUUUCUCUGUCGAAGACUCUAGUAACUGCUCCAGCAGGGAGGCCCCUCCUCCUUCCCUCUCAGCCAUUUCUCACCCUCUCCCCACACCCAAUGUUCAUUCCCUGCCUCCCCUUCCCACCGCAAAGGAAAAUAGCCUUACAGACCCUAGCCCAGAAACCCUACUCCGGGGCAAGCCAGUAUGGCCCCAUCCUGCCCGCCAAGUUUGAACCCUACCUUUUGAGGAAGGGUAGGGAGCAGAGCAGCCUCUUCCCUUCUGUGGUGACUCCGGCCCUCUGGGCCUUAACCUAGCUUGGGCAAGGACAGAGGUGAGGAAUCUUUGAGGACCAAGCCCUGUGGUCUGGGAAGAGGGAGGUGGAGAAAGAAGGGUUUGACUUGGGAACUCCCUCCUCCCAACCCAACCCCUAUGGAGAAGCGACCAAAUUCCCAGAGAUAGGAGGGAGUUGGGGUGGGGAGGGUCUGCUCCUUGAAUUACUUGAAGGUACUGACUCUGAGGCUGCUGUUGCCCACGUAGGUGUGAGGGGGACACUGUCACUGCAUUCGGGAGGGCCGAGGACAUGGGUGACGAGAGGAUCUACCCUUGGCCCUCGCUCACUCCUGCUAGGCCCUUUCCCUGGGCCCUCCUGUCCCCACCCUCACUCUGGGCGCCCCUCCAGUUGCACUAAAGUAGCUGUUGUGCCAGUCUUACCCACACCAGGUGCCAGGGUGGGGUCUCUGCUUCCAGUCCUUCCUCCGCCUCUGCUCCCAUCCUGGACAAUCUUGUUCACUUGUGUUCCUGGAUAGCUCAGCUUUGUGUGUGUGUGUUUCGGGUUGGGGUGGGUUUGGCUGGAGUGGGUCUGGCAGGGGUUUGGGAAGGGCUAGGGGAAAGAUGGAGGAUGGUGUCUCCUACGCCCUUCCCCAACUCCAAGCCACAGAAGCCUGGGAGGGAGGGUGCCUACUCUCGCUGCCGCGUGUCUUGCAGAUGUGCCAAAAUAGGGGUGGGUGGGAGGGGAGGGUGCCUGGCAGAGCAGCCCCAGGGUGGCUCUCUCAAAGCAAUACAGUUCUCCUGCUGGGGAACAGCAAGACAGGGGAGAGGUUUGGGUGGGGACCUGGGGUUCCUCAUGUACAGCUGUGUAUAUUCAGGGGUGUUCUGUCUGGUCCCCACUGUGGGCAUCUAUGUGUGUGUGAACCCCUUCCCCAUGCCCUGCAUGACCUGUGAUGCUGCAGACACCACCAUCCUGUGUGCAGGCGUGUUGGGGGGCACGGAGGGGCAUGUUCCUGUCCCGUUGCACCCUCCACCCUGUGACCCAUGUACUCGGUUGUAGGAAGUAAAGAGAACUGAGCACAAUUCACUGGAUUCUAGUUGAAUCUUUCUCUAAGCAAUUUCCUCACUCCUGCCCUUCUCCCUAUCCUGGAUCCCCCUGUGGUGCUAGUGUUGGGGUCAGGGGUGUUUAAUGCUGGUGGGCAGCAAUAGGCCCAGAUACCUGCAUCUCCAGGGUGCUGAGGGCAGCAGGAAAAAAUGGGGACCUUGGUGCAUUUGCCCUGCCCCCCACCUGGGCUAAAGCACAAUGCUAUCCCUGAAGACUGAUGCACCCCACAACCUCCAGGCCCCCCAUGCUUGUCCUCCCCAAACCUGCUUUGAGCCCUCCCACUACACCCCGGUUUUCUAUGCUGUUUUGGUGCAAGUACAACUGUCGUAGUCAUGGCUUUGGGAUGGGUUCUGUUUAUUAAAAUCCUAUUGCUCCU